CACACAACCGCUGUCCAAAAACUCCAGCUGCAAACACAAGAAAAAGCAAGACACAAAGGCAUGUGGUUUGUCGAGUCUCUUGGGAAGGGCUAGAAGACUUUAUGCUGGAUGUUGAUGGUGUCUGGAGCAUCCUCCCGUCUCCGUCCCUCAGUCACGUGACCUCCAGACGCCUGGGUUUGAUCAAUCCCACUAAAUCAGACGUCCUGCUCUUACUGCAGUAUAAAUAUGACAUCAUCAAAGAGCGACUUUACAGAGAGAUGCUGCAGGAGGAGCAUGGUGUCGGAUGGUGGGAGUCGAUGGAACCCUCGGAGCAGACAGACUGUGUGUGUGAUGUGGAGCAGAGAGCAGAAGAAGCUUUUAAACUGAACGAUGUGCUGUGUGUGUGUGAGCUGCCCGGCGUUCUUCACUGUUACAGGGGCGGAGACGAGGCGGAGUUACACUCCUGUCGUGAUGAGGUCAGAGUGAGAGAGCGGGCGUGGACGUCCUCGCCCCGGGGACAGAGCUGGACAUCCGCCAUCUUCCUCUGUGAGCUCCGGUCUCACUGUGAGGAGGAGAGACGCGCUCUCACCCGGCUGCUCAACAGAGUGGAGCGACUCGUCCUGACUGAGAUUUAUCUGAGUGUGUGUGUUUCUGUAAGGAGAGCCGAGAGAGAAACACACUCACACACGGCACUGCUGACCUCCAGACAACACUGGGACAACUGGCCGUAUCUGAGACGUUUGGGUGUGGAGGAGUUAGUGAAGUUCUGGCUGCAGGAGAAACAAGAUCCAGCUACACCGCUCAGAAACGAGUGCAGAACAUCACGCUGUGUACGACAGGCCGUGCUGCAGUGUGUGGUCCUGUGUCAGGAGCAGGAAAGGAGAACACUCAUGGAGAUCCUACACAGUGUCUCACAGGAGGAGCUGCAGGAGCAGAGACACACACUGACACUUGACUACAAGGCUGCAGGGACGACAGGUUCGGCUCUGAGACGAGGGUGUGUGUCCGUCCUGAGGCAGAUUAAAUCCUCUCUACACUGCAGCUCCACACACUCGUCUGUGUCGUGGGCCGACUGCGCUGUUCAUUUACUGGCUCAGCUCACACACACACACGACGAGGAAGUCCAGACUGUAAUACACACACUUCCAGUCAUGGAUGCUGCUGCUCUUAUGGUUCUGCUACACAAAUAUGAACUCGAGCUGCGUUCACCCAAACUACACAACCUGCACAACUUACUGCAGACGUCCGGCAUCGAGAACACACAGAUUAACGUCUCUGUAACAGACAGCGAGAGGACGGAGCAGAGACAGAACACUCCAUCAGUUAGUGACGCACAACAAAUCUGCACGGGCUGUGGUGUUGUCCUCGUCCCUGAGGACGCUCCGUAUUUAGAGAUCCUCGGCGUCGGAGAGAAGAGAGAUGAUGAGAGGAAAGAAAGAAGAGAGGGAGAAGAGGAAGAGAGGAGAGAAGGAAGAGAGGAAGAGAAAGAGAGGAGAGAAAGAAGAGAGGGAGAAGAGAAAGAGUGGAGAGAAGGAAGUGAGGGAGAAGAGGAGGAGAGGAGAGAAGGAAGAGAGGGAGAAGAGAAGUGGAGAGAAGGACGAGAGGUAGAAGAGGAGGAGAGGAGAAAAGGAAGAGAGGGAGAACAGGAGAAGAGGAGAGAAGGAAACAAUGAAGAAGAGGAGGCGAGGAGAGAGGGAAGAGAGGGAGAAGAGAAGAGGAGAGAAGGAAGAGAGGAAGAAGAGGAGGAAAGAAGAGAGGGAGAAGAGGAGGAAAGAAGACAUGGAAGAGAGAGAGAAAAGGAGGAAAGGAGAGAAAGAAGAGAGGGAGAACAGGAGAGGAGAGAAAGAAGAGAAGGAGAACAGGAGAGGAGAGAAAGAAGAGAGGGAGAAGAGAAGAGGAAUGUGGAUGCUGUAGAGAAACAGGGAUCACUGAUCACACUGGCCUGGAGCAAACCAGCAAGCAACAAUACACAGGAAGUGACCUCAGCUCUACCUGAAGCACAGACGACAGAGGCGUCGUCUGCAGACUCACACACUCCGCACCACACACACUCCGCUUCGUCCGAGCACGAACACACACCGUCUGCACACAGACACACACUCGUGGAGCCGCUGCAGGAGCAGUCCACAUCCAGCAUGGACGCUCAGAACGAGAGCAGCAGCGAUGAACACGGAACAACAUCAGCAGCUCUGGAGCUCGACUUGGAGAACGCACCGGCCACCGGCGAGACACACACACAGGAUGGGGUGUGUGACGGAGUGUGUGAGGAACAGCAGCUCCAGCGAGAUGCCACCAUGCGCAGCCUCGUCGACAUCCAGAGAAGAGCAGAGCAGCGGUGGCAACGAGACCGAGACCGACAAAUCCUUAGAGUUCAGGAGCGACUGUCAAUCAUUCAGAACAGGAAGUCAGACGAGGACGUGCUGGGCCUGAGACGCGAGGAAACAUUCAGACACCUGACCAACACACUGCAGCAGGAAGAUGAGCAGCAGCAGAAGAUGUUGGUCAGAGAGAAACUGCAGCAGCUGUGGAGAGAACGUUCUUGUAUUCUACAGACUAGAAGAGAGAGGAACACGACUGAAUUUAAGGAGCUCCUCACACCUACAGCUCAGUGUGCGACUAACGUGGAAGAUGUACUCGACACACGUACACACACACACCAACACGACCCACACACACACCAACACGACCCACACGCACACCAACACGACCCACACGCACACCAACACGACCCACACGCACACGCAUAACAUUCCCUGACAGCACUGUCGUGUUUGAGUUAAAGGUGCAGUCUGCGAUAUUUAAAAUCGCUCUUCUGAAAUGAAUUUUAAAGAAACAGUGAUCAGUGAUUUUUUUUUUUUUUUAAGUGUAAUUAUUCCAUCUAAAACAUCUAGUUUCUGUAGUCAUCUAGUCUCGCCUCAGAUUAUAAAUCAAUAAGAAAUAAAAACACGAUGUGAGAUCACCAACAACAAGCCAAUCAGGACAAAGAGGCGUGUCUACUUACUUUUCAAUAAUGAUGCAUUCAUCUGUUCCAGCCCUGACAGAGUGUGUGUGUGAGUGUGUGUGUGUGUGUGUGUGUGUGUGUGUGUGUGUGUGUGUUUUGUGGGCGUGGCUUUCAAUAUUUGACAGAAGGCUCAGUGUUUGUGUAUAUUUUGG